UGUUCUCUUAAGCAGGAAUUUAUGCCCACCUAUGUACCAAGGUGUGGUCCAUCUCAACUACCUGCUGUACUGGACUAACUUUCUGGGCUAGACCUAGUUUUGUAUAGGUAGGAAAUAUGCCAUCUAGGAUUGUCUCAGUGAGGUCUCGAGCACAAAGGGAUUGCACAAGCAAGGCCGUAAUGGCAUGCGCCUGCUAGCGUGUUGCUUUCAAGUUGACAAGCUACCUCCGGAUUCCACACUGCAGUGCAAACCGGACAAGACCGAAUACCCCCUGCAUCAUAGCUACACGCCUUUUGUCGGCUAGCUGCUUGCAAACCACGCGCCAGAUUACCUAAUAAGACUGCCGUUGUCUGCCGGUGAUGCCCGGCGCGCUUCUAGGCUUGCCGAACAGCUGCCAUCCACAAAUUAAACACGACAUCCCUAGAGCAGCGAAGAAGAUUAUGAUAUUGAGACGCGAUGUCUCUCAGAAAGCCAAUGUCGCAGCAGCAGCAGCAGCAAGGGCAGCAACGUUUGUCCUUUGGCGGUCCCGCGUCUAAGCGCCAAAGGCUUGGAGACAACCAAAACAAUGAAACUAAUAAUCUCGCGUCUGGCUCCAGCCGGCAGCCAUCCGGCACCGAGCGGCAUCGUCUGCAUCAGCAGCAACGCCGCGACUCUACCGGUAGCUCCUUCACAGCUUGCCCCAUCUGCGGCAAACAGGUCCCUCUGCUGUGCAUCAACCUGCACCUAGACGCACAAUGCCCGGGAGCCCCCGCAGCUACAGAAGGCGGAAGCGCGGCGAGAAGCGUGGUGUCGCGACCCAUGGAUCAGUUUCUGCCAGCCGCGUUGUGGGGCUCAUCAGGAGGAGCCGGACCGCAGCAGGGUCGGGGCCCGCGGGAGGAGUCGGGGGGUGGUGAUGGUGCUGCUGCUGCAUAUAGGGCCUCACAACCUGCUCGGAGACAUCAGGAUGCAGGACCGCAGCAGCAGGGGGAGGUCCUGCAGCAGCAGCAGGCUGAGGGCUGGCAGGGGCUGGAGGCAAUCGCGCCACAGCAGCUGCUGCUGAGGGCUGAGGGCUGGCAGGGGCUUGAGGCAACCGCGCCACAGCAGCUGCUGCUGCAGGCUGAGGGCUGGCAGGGGCAGGCAAGGGCCCUGCAGCAGCAGCAGCAGGCCGAGGGCAAGGAGGAGGAUCAGGCAGAAGAGGAGGAGGGCUCGACGGAGCUGCCAGCUGCUGCCCCCCGGGUACCUGCCAUGUUCCUGCCACGGGGCGUCGUGAGGAGGCAGCGUCGGCCGGAGCAGCAGGGAGGGCAGCAGCAGGAGCAGCAGCGGGAUGAGCAGGAGCAGGGGCGGCAGCAGCGGCAGCAGCAGCAGCAGCAGGGGCGGCGGGAUGAGGCUGCAGGGGCACUCCGAGUUACACCGCUGCCGCACCCCAGGCUGGAGGGCCAACUCAUCAUCCCCGACUUCAUCACCCCCCAGGAGGAAGCCGAGGUGGUGGCCCUGUGCGAUUUAACUGACGCCCCGCCGCACCCGCACCAGCACCACCAGCACCAGCACCCGUUGACAACAACCCUCUGUGACGACCAACAAUCACCGCACACCAUCCCCCAACAGCACCCGCACCCGCACCGACAGCAAUCCCCGCACCAACAGCCCCCCUGGAGUCCAUGGCCGGGACUGCCGUACGCCAAUGCUGUCGUACAGCGGGCACGCACCAAGCGCUGGGGUGUGCUCCCAGACUACCACCGCCGGGGGGUGGCCCCUGCCGCCCACCCGCUGCCGCCGCUGCUGACGGCGCUGGCGGCGCGGAUGAGGGAGCGGGUGGGGGUGCUGAGGUCGUUCUUCCCUAAUGAGGCCAACGCAAUCGACUACCGACGGACCCGUGGGUCAUGGCUGCGACCCCAUGCGGAUGACAGGAUCCUGAGCGGCGAGCUCAUCGUGACUUUGUCGCUGUUGGGCCCAGCGGUCAUGACCUUUGGCCGCAUCCGCAACAGCGGCAGCGGCAGCAGCAACACUCGCAGCAACAUCAUUCGCAGCAACAGCCCAG